CAUAACCACAGCGCAGUCUUCAGGAGGGAGCAGGAGAAUGGCUGCACACAUCCCGACCCAUGAUCUCAAUAAUCAGUGGGGUUCGUAUGUUACAUCUGAGCGCUACGAUACCGCUACCCCAAGCCGGUACCUGUGGAAUGAGUUGCUGACAGACCGUGGUCGACUCGAACACUUGUACCCUCAGUUGCUCGAGGAUUAUAUUCAAAAAUUUUGCCAAGGAGGGCUGCAACUGUUCGUCCUGCGGGUGUAAAUGAAUUGGGGGCAAGCACAAAAUUAUAGGACGGCAUAGCUCGAUCAGAGCAGCGCGUUAUGUGAAAGAC